CUUGUUGUUUUGUAGAGCUGCAGUGCUCAACAUUUGAUCACAUGCAGCAGGCUAAAGCACAUGGAGAACCGCUGACCUGCCAGCUUCAAGGGACUUGGGUGUUGCAAUGGAACCAGUAUGUUUGCUUCUUCUGUUAAUAAGUAAAGUGAUUUCAGCUGGCGCCCAGUUCAAUGGGUACAAUUGUGAUGCCAAUUAUCACAGCAGGUUCCCUGCUGAAAGGGACAUCAGCGUCUUUUGUGGAGUCCAGACCGUCACUCUGAAGAUUAAUUUUUGCCCAGUUCUGUUCUCUGGUUACUCGGAAACAGAUUUAUCCCUCAAUGGAAGACAUGGUGACGCUCACUGCAGGGGCUUCAUCAAUAACAACACCUUCCCCACUGCAGUCAUCUUCACCAUCAGCCUGAACACCCUGGAAUCCUGCGGCAACAGCCUGGUGGUGUCCUCAGUCCCAGGUGUCAAUGCAUAUGGCAACUCAUCCAUGGUGCAGAUUGGUAAUCUUUCAGGAUAUAUUGACACUCCAGAUCCUCCAACAAUCAUCAGCUAUCUGCCUGGUCUGCUGUAUAAAUUCAGCUGCAGCUAUCCUCUUGAGUACCUCGUCAACAAUACGCAGCUCGCUUCGUCAUCUGCUGCUAUUUCUGUCAAGGACAACAAUGGUUCGUUUUUAAGCACUUUGAAUUUACUCCUCUACAAUGACUCAACCUAUGCACAGCAGCUGGCAAUACCAAACGCAGGGCUGCCCUUAAAGACCAAAGUGUACGCAGCAGUCAAAGCAACUAACCUGGAUGGAAGAUGGAAUGUUUUGAUGGACUACUGUUACACAACGCCUUCUGGGAAUCCUAGCGACGAACUUAGAUACGAUCUGUUCUUUAGUUGUGACAAAGAUCCACAAACAACUGUUUUUGAAAACGGCAAAAGUCAAAUGGGCAGGUUUUCCUUCGAAGUGUUCCGGUUUGUCAAGCACAAAAACCAGAAGAUGUCGACUGUGUUUCUACAUUGUGUGACCAAACUCUGCAGAGCAGAUGACUGUCCUUUACUCAUGCCGAUCUGUGGCAGCCGAAAGAAAAGGAAUCUUUUUGAGGAGACAACACCUGUUCCUCAGAGUGCCUCUGGAAACGCUGUCAUUACAGCAGGUCCCAUUAUUACAAGGAGCGAUGAAACACCAACCAACAACUCCCAGUUAGCACAGCUAAACAGACCUGCCUUCCAGCUCAACUCAGUCACAAGUGCGCUGGUCUCCGGGAUCGUUAUCCUGGGAUUCAUGAGCCUGUGCUUCUUUGUGUUCUCCCUGACUCUCCUCAGCGGAAAGCGUCGCAGUAACCCAGUGCUGGCGGGCAUUAGGAACCCCGUUUUUAACUGACCCCUGAUUUUCACUUGUUUGUUUAAAAUGUUAUUAUUGAAAUACUGUA